GAAAAAUGUUGCUGAACCUCCUGCUGCUGCUCCUGCUGACUCUGUCUAUAAAAACAGACGGAUAUUACUUUUCCAUGGUACAUGAAUGCACCUGCAGCUCAGAAGAUCUGAACGACAUAGAAUACAUCUAUAAGGUUUAUUUUAAUAAGGAACUAUCGGUGCAGUUCAGCAGCUCUGUGGGGAAGUUUAUAGGCUUCAAUGAGCUCGGAGUGGCGGAUGCGGAGCGCCGGAACAGCGGCAAUUCACUGCAGUUUCACAGAACUCUGCUGGACGAAGUCUGCAAACCCGGCCUAAAUAUAAUGUACUCUCAUUUCCUCAAUAAGAAAGUGCGUCCCAAGAUUCGGCUCAGGUUUCAACAGGAGGCCAGUGGUGGUCCUCCUGCCAUGAUGAUGUGCAGCGCAUUCAACUUCUACCCCCCAGCCAUAGAUGUGUACUGGCUGAGAGACGGUCAAAAGGUGACCACUAAUAUGAUUUCCACUGAGGAGAUGGCUGACGGAGACUGGUACUACCAGGUCCACUCCCACCUGGAGUACACGCCCACAUCUGGAGAGAAGAUCUCCUGUGUGGUGGAGCACGCCAGCUCCAAGAAGCCCAUCAUCAUUGACUGGGAAGUUUCCACUCUUUCUGAGUUUGAGUGGAACAAGAUUGCUCUUGGAACUUCAGGGCUAGUGUUGGGGCUCAUCUUCUCAUCUGCUGGUUUCAUCUACUACAUCUACAAGAAGAAAUUUCCAGGAAAGAUCCCAGUGCCAAGGUGUGUGUGUUGAUGUAAAGGACUGGUCUUCAACCUCAGGUGGUGAAGCAGUGAAGACUUUCACAGCUUUAAUUCUCUGUACUUUAUUCACUCUAUUCAAUGAAUAGCCGUUUUACUUGGAUUUCUGUAUGUAAACUUGUACUGUGUCUGCUGUUACAUUAAGCUUUUAAUGCUCUUAACAACAGAACAUUGAACAAACACAGAAAGUAAAUUAGUGUCAAAUUGUUGUAAUGUUGUAGUGUUGAAGGUGACCUUACUGUCUUUACUGUCUAUUACAGUACAUUGUGUCGGUAUCAUCAUCAGUAAAUUAAGCCAUUAUAUAUUGGGCUCAUCUUUUUGUUGAUACUUUUAG